AUGAGGAGUCGAGCUGGAGGACGACGAAGCCGAGAUCGCCGUCGCGACAGCAGUGAUGGCUCCCGAGACAGGGAUGGAGAUGGAAGCAGGACCAAUGCAGGACCUGCACCGGAGUGGGACGGCGAUGGUUUGUCGUUCCAAGACUACGCCAUAAAGGUGCCCUUCGAGACGAUGAAGUUCCUGGCCAAGGACCGCAAAUGGAUGGCCAGUGAGACCAAUGGUGAGGACCUCAUAGACCUGAUGGACAAGGCCGAGUACUUCGGCGAUGACCGAGAUGAGGACCUGCUAGGUGCCUUAGCAAAGAUCACCUACCAUGUGAGAAGGGAGAAGCAGGAGACACAUAGACAGUUUUUCAAUAGAUGGGAGACUGCCAUGCGCAAAGUGGCCGAGCACAAGGUCUUUCUGCCGGACAAGUACAUCGGCUUCCUCUUGGUGAAUGCCCUCAACCUGACUGAACCGGAGAUCAAGUCGCUCCUCAACUAUACCCGUGGCAGCAUCAUGCCGCCUGACAUCAAGGACUGGGUCAGGAAGCAUGAAACAAAGUUGCAAGUGGCACAGGUUGGACUUGACCCCAAGAAAAACCAGGUCAGCUCGACGAAGGCGAGCGGCAACUUCUUCGUCGCCGAGGACGAGAGCGAGAAUGACGAGGAGGAGAUUCAUGCCAUCGAGGAUGAGGAGACGCAGACCCUGGACGAGCACGAGGCAGCCGAGAUCCUCAACACGAUCCUGACGAAGAAGCGCAGCUUCGUCCAACCACAAAAGGCGAAGAAGAGCAAGGAACUUGGCAGAGGAUACAAGUCUGGCAACUUUCCGAGCAAAGGUAAGGGCAAGAACACCUAUACCGUCAACAACACCGGCAAGCCUCCUUGGAAAGCAGGUCAGUAUAAGAUGACCAUAGAAGAAAUCAAAAAGAUCACCCGCUGUGGGAAUUGUCUCCGCACUGGACAUUGGCACCGCGAGUGCCCAGAGCCUCCCCGAGAACGUGACCAGCAUCUUCUGGAAACCGAAGAAGCUGUUUUCUGCGGUCUUUUAGACCAUGAGACCACCGGAGAAGCCAUGAGUGCAGUAGCCAGCUUAGAUUCCCCACCAGUGGGAAGUUUUGCGGUAGCUGAACCUGAGCCCAAUUCCAAUGUAGCUGAGUGCCAGCCCACGUCCCCGUAUAAGGACCGCAAUGUUGGGAAUGAGGACUGGGAGUAUCGAAUGUUGCCGCCAAGUCUGGCCCAGGAAAAAGCCCGACCGUUCCAGGUUCAACCUUCGGUGCUGUCAACCAUGAUGGAGACCGAGAAGAAGCGCACUCGCACCCAGGACAACAGCUUCAAGAUCCUGUCAGCAUGGCACAUGCUCCUGGUGAGGGUGAUGAGCAUCAUGCAGAAUGUCAGCUCGCUGGCCUUUCGUCUUCUACGUCAUCAACCAGAUCACCUGAACCAGAGCACUUCGUCCGGGAAACCGAGAACUACCAGAGUGGCGCCGACCGAGGGCAGCUUCGAACUGAUCCCACCAUCAUCGCCAGCCAAGAGCCAGAAGUCUCAGGCAAGUUCCUACAUGGGGAAGGAGCUCAUCACGGAUGCGAUUCUUCGAAUGGUGGGGCCACCAGUUCAAUGCGAGCAUGGGGAGGCCACACGCCUCUUCAUAUGCCAGAAGCAGGGUCCCAACUACCACAAGCUGUUCUGGCGCUGUGCACAUCCUCGCGAUCAACAGUGCCGGACCUUCAUGUGGACUCUGAUCCAGCCCUACCUCAACACGAACCUCAUCGAGGCAUCCGAGGAGGAGAUGGACACCGAGACGGUGGUAUCAACUACAACCCGGAGGAGCACUACGUCACGGAGGAGCUCUACGGCAUCCCAACUUCUACAGCAGGCACAACGGCACUGCAAGCACGAGAAGGUGCUGAAGUCGGGCUCCAACCACUUCAAGAUCCAGGAGAAGUGUGCCAUCUGCGGCAAGAUCACCAAGGAGGAGCUCACCGAGGCCGGCAUUCAGAAAGAGAAGGAACGCGAGAAGAACCGCAAGAAGAAGCUGGAGCCGAACGAGCCCACCUACGAGGAGUUCCUGGAGUGGAAGAGGUCCCAGGCACUGGAACCGGCAGGGGUCUGGACAGGAUCCCGAGUCAACCGCUGAGUGACUCAACCAACACGAAUGCUGAGGAGGUUGUUGACAUGAAAAGUAGGGGUGUGAAACAACUACUUCGGAAAGCCGGGGCUGCUUUGACACAGACCGAAGUCAUGUGGAAGGAGAUUAUAACCCUUCUUGGCGAAGGUCCAGACCGGACCACUCAGCAAGUGUUUGAACAGUACGCUGUUGAAAUUUUUGAUCCAACAGAUCCAACCAGGAUCAAGGAUAAGAAACCUCUCCGCCGGCUUGCGGGACUGAUGGGCGUGACAAAUAAACA